AUGGACGCAACCUCCCGCAAUCGAGCUUCAGGUGCUGCAUCGUCCGCUGACCCCCCAGAGUCUUCUGGGAGUGUAAGGCAGAGAAUUCUACGGGAGUCGGCAAAUUCAGCCCGUGAAAGGAAACGUGCUGGAAAACCAUGGUCAUUGAAACCUCCACCUCCCGGCACUUCUGUAUGGGACAUUCGUCGAAACCUCGAAGAAGUCCCAAUUGUCCUGGCCAAGAGAAAGUAUCCACCGGCAUGGGACAGCCUUUCAGAAAGCGAAUGCAGAACCUAUCCUAGGCAAGAUCGACACAGCUGUCCCUCUACAUCUGAAAACGAUCCUAUAGUGGAAAAUUUACAACGACUAGAACGAUAUCAGAUGGACCCAGACGAUCCGGUGUGGAAAGGUCUAGAACGGAUGUGGAUUGAUGCGAAACAAAAGAAAGCCUCAGAGUCUCAAAACUAUGAGCCACCAGCAUGUUCGGGAAUUGAUGGAAUGGAUUUGCCGCCUUUGCUGCAGCCAGACACUUGUGUGAUCUCGCAAGAACAACUCGUGAAGGAAGUCAAAGGUAGAAUAUAUGCGGGACUCGUGAUGGUCGAAAAGAGAUGUGUCGAGAUCUGUGCCCAGCAGGCCCAGGUUUCUAACAGAUUAACCGAUGAACAAUGGCAGGCCCUUAUAGCUCUGCACCGAACGCUACUCCACGAACACCGCGAAUUUUUCCUGGCGUCUCAGCAUCCUUCGGCUUCCCCAGCUCUUCGAAACUUAGCACUCCAACAUGAUUUGCCAGGGCGGCUUUGGCGAAAUGGCAACAAGGCCCUUCUGGAGAUUUUGCGGCACCGAAUCCCAGAUCACUUGGAGAAUAUGAUUGCAUACAUCGACUUAUCAUUCGACAUGCUGACGGACCUCGACGCUGAAUUCCCAGAACUUGGGGAAAGUUGGGCCGACUGCAUGCAUGACCUCGAAACAUAUCGAGACUUCCUCAAGGGAAUUCGUGUCAGUGGCUCAAAUGACGACAAAGGACUUCGACCGAGUACUGUCGCACAACAGCGUCUAGAAGGAUACUGGGAGAAUGGGAAUUCAUUAGGCAGCAAUGAUCGUUCCUCGUAUGCCGCCUCCAGAGCAGCGCGGCAAGAUGGCCAACACUAUUUUCCGUUCUUGGGGAAAAGACAAUCUGUCAAUUGGCUGUUUGGAGCCUGCGAUAGCGACUUGAGCAAUGCAUUGAGCCAGCACUUACUACCGAGUGACAAUUUCGGAGAAUCAAUUGGUGAUGAGAUUAAUAUUCAAGAAGAGUUUGACUGCUGGUUUGGUGACUUGAACCCUAAUCUCUUCGACAAGAAAGGAAAGAACAAGUGGGUGUUACUGGGAUGGCUUCACUUUGGAAAGCGCAUUGCCAGGAGUUUCUGGUCGUACCGGCGGGUGUUCAAGGUUCUGCUAUUGAACGUUCUUCUGUGA